AUUACUUAAUCUAUCGAAACACUCAACCACUGUAAUAGCUUUCGAGGCAGCUUGCACUGCACGCAAGGGAUUCCUAAAUCUACACGAAACUACAAACUGCCCUCAGAAGUCAUUUUAACCUAUCUACGACACUGCUGUUAGCAUUAGCAUGACCGUAAGGCCUGCUCAGGAAGCAGGCGCGAGCUUUUAUUUUCCAAAACUGCUUUUUCAUCUUACCUGUCAAAGCUGCUGAUUCAGAGAGUAAUAUCUGUUGAUAAGUGUUUAUAUAGAUGGUGCUUUUGUUUUUUUAGGCUGUCAUUAUGCUCCCAAUGCUCUCUUUUUCAUUCAUAACUAUCUCCAACAGAGAAAGCUACAAUUUAAGAGAUAAAGAGGAGCUGGUGAAGCAGACACACUACUGACGCUCUGACAUUGGAUUUCCACCAGCAGAGAUGGCUCAUGUCACCAAUCAUGGGAAGCUGCUCUUGCAGCGCCUACAUCAGCAGCGAGAGAUGGACUUCUUGUGCGAUAUAACCAUAAUGGUGAGAGACGUGGAGUUCAGAGCCCACCGCAACAUCCUGGCUGCGUUCAGCAAGUACUUCUCCGCCCAGGCUGAAAAGGGUCAAGAUGUCACAACCUUGGACCCCGAUAAGGUCAGCCGCUACGCUCUGGAGAAACUCCUGGAGUUCAUCUACACCGGACAGAUGAACCUCAGCAGUACCAGACAAGCGGCGGUGCGUCGAGCGGCGGUGUUCCUUGGGAUGUCCGAGGCCACGAAGUUUCUGGAGGAAACGUCCCACUGGUCCGAGCUGAGCGAAACGUCCCAGUCCGAGGCCGAUAAAGAAGCCGGUCUCUCUCCUUCCAGCCCGGCCUCUCCUGGCAGCGCCAGCUCUCCCGUCCCCCUGUCUAUUGUCUCCGUUACGGGGGAGUACCAAGAGGACGGCCACGCUGGCGACAAGACGGGCGUCGAGCCCGGAGAUGGAGACGCGGAAGAGGGAGAGAAAAGCGACGGAGAGUACACCCCCGCUACGCCAAAGGGCAUCGGAAGAGGACAGGGAAGGAAGAGAGGCCGACCGCCCAAGAGUUUGAGCGGCGAACAAAUGGCGGAGCCGAGCAGCUCGGUUGACGGCACACCCAAAACCCAGGGCUACAGGGGGAGGGGGAGAGGAAUGAAGGAGGAGGAGGAGGACGAGGAGAGCGGCGGCGCGGGGACGGACGACGGCGGCGAGGGCGAGCGAGAGGAGGGGGAGGUCGGGGAACAGGAUCCGUCCGAAAUGGACGAGAUGACGCUGUCGUGCACCGAGUGCAACAAACUGUUCAAAGACGUGAGCAGCCUGCGCCGGCACGAGAAGAUCCACAAGGGCCUGAAGCCGUUUGUCUGCAUCUUCUGCUCCAAAAACUUCAGACAGGCUACCCAGCUGAAAACACACCUGCGCAUCCACACAGGCGAGAAGCCGUUUAACUGCUCCAGCUGCGACAAGUGUUUUGCCCAGAAGUGUCAGCUGGUCGCUCACCGCCGGAUGCACCACGGCGAGGAGAAGCCGUACACCUGCGAGCGCUGCGGAUUCAAGUUCGCCACCUCGUCCAACUACAAAAUACACAUCAGGCUGCACAGUGGCGAGAAGCCGUACGUCUGUGACAUCUGUGGUCAGGCGUUCGCUCAGUCGAGCACGUUGACCUAUCACAAGCGACGACACACCGGAGAGAAACCGUACCAGUGUGACCUGUGCGGCAUGUCCUUUUCUGUCUCUUCCUCUCUCAUCGCUCACGCACGAAAACACACCGGAGAGACGCCGUACAAAUGUUCCCAGCCGCAAUGUGCCGCAAGCUUUGUGACGUCUUCCGAACUGAAGAAACACAUGAGGCGCCUUCACCCGGAGGGGAACAACGGUGUCCAGUGUCUGCUGUGUGGAAACAGGUUCGCCAGCGUGAAGAACAUGAUCAAACACCAGGAGAAGGCUCACGCUGAUGAAGUGCGGCAACACAAGGAGAGAGCCAGAGCAGUAGUCCUCCUGGCUUCCAGCCACCCUGUGGCCUUCGUCCAGAGCAAACUCUCCCAGGAAAACAAAGGAAUGGCUUCCAUCCCGGAAGACGAGCCCUCCAACCCCGAGCCGACCACCCCGACCCCGAAAGCCUCGGCUCCAUCUGCCGCCACGGCCGCCGCCGCAAACACCGCCGCCGACGACGACGUGCAGGACUUCAAGGCGGAGCCGGCUAACCCCGCCAACGAGCAGGUGACCUACGAGCCGGACCAGGAGCAGACCAUCAACUCGGACACGCUCCACGCUCUGGUGGAGCAGCUGAGGCCGCAGCCCUCCCCUGCCCCGAGCCUGGAGCAGAUCGUCAUCAUCAGGACGGUGGACAACCCUCCGCAGUAGUAAA